CCGUGCGAGGAGAAGACAGGGCCUUCUCUGUCAGCGAAUCUUUCGAUAUUGCCUUCGUAUGAAGAUAACGAGUUCACUGUCUUUACGCGGAAAUUGUGAAAUCUGAUUAUGAUAUCUACAUGAAGUGCUGCAGCGGCGGAAGCGGCCUGAGCGUGGUCCCCAUGGCGUGCCGCAGCCCCGACUCGCCGCCAAAGCAACACUUUCGCCGCAGUUUCUCGCGAGUGUACUACGCCUCCGAGGACGGCUGUUGGCCGGCGCACAGCUUGCCCAGGGACUUUUGGAAGCGCUCCAGGACGCAGAAGGAGUCCGACAUUCAGGAGAGGGCCGAGGAGACGUUCAGCUCCGGCGAGGACGCUGUCGAGGGCGAGUUCUCCCUUGAAGGUCCUUACGGAGGCUCUCUCCGAGGGUCACCCUCCCAGCGCUCACAAGACUCGGGUUACUCGGACUCUGGGGAGUCCACUGUUGCGCAGCAGGACAGCGACUCCUCGGCGGCCGCCACUCCUCCCAGCGUGAAGCACAUCACGAGAAUCUACUUCGGCGAGAACCUCCACCUGUACAACGACAAGAUCGUUUGCACGUCGCCAGCGGGAGGCGCGUCGGCCGCCCAGGGGUCGGCGGCGGGGCGCAGCGGGAGGCGCGAGAACCGCUGGAAGAACCUCGAUUCUUUCCAUCGGUCGGACCUCGAGGAGUUGGCGGAGGAGCUGGAGCACAAGAGCGUGCUGGAGAUCGGACCGCGACACUCCAUCGCCGCCAGGAAAUGGAGCGACAGGUCGUCCUUAACUCCGACGCGACGCCCUCAGCGAUGCAACAGCAGCGUGGAGAAGGCGACGCUCGAGGGCGCGGAAGGGCACCCCGGCCGCCCCGGGAGCAGGACGCGGCGGCGCUGGUCCAUGGGGGAGGCGCAGCCGGUCGGCAACAAGCACCUGUAA